AUGGUGGACACUGACCAGACACCAAGGGUUUCAAAAGCCAGUGCAAGCAAGGGCCCGGCUACCAGCGCUCCCAGUCUGUCCUCGUCUCAGAGCGAUGCUGCCUAUUCACACGAUAGCAAGCGGUCGAGACGAUCACAGUCACCGUCCAAGUUGUUCCCUUUGUAUGGACCUGACGGCCACCGGCUCGUCCGAGGUUCGCUCAUCCUUGGGUGCGAGCAGACACGGUAUGAUAGCCGUAGUGGAGAGGAACUGGUUCGUCGGGCUUCGCGUAUUGCUGUCCGGUCCAGCGACUGCUCCCGCAUGCUCAGUGACGAGUCUGCCUGGAAUAAUCUUGUGCACUCACCCCUGCUCGAUAUGCUUCUGUAUGAUAUGCGGGAUGGACCAGGCCAGGAAAUCCUGGACUUCAUACCCUGCAUCGACCCAGCAUAUCACCGCUUUCCCGACGCCGCCAGCCGUAUUGACUAUGUCCUUCAGCUACUGCCCGAGCGCGAUCCAGAUAUCAACAAAUCAUAUGAGGCGCUGGCCUUGGGAAUGGCCCCGUGCUUCAAUUGCACGGCGGACCGGCUACUGCAGCAGUACCCGCUGGCCGUCAGCAUCGAGACUAAGCGUUACGGUGGCAACGCGGCUAAGGGGGAGCAGCAGCUCGGCAUCUGGCACGCCUCACACUGGGAUUUUCUUGCGUCACGGGUCAGCGCUGAGGCCAUCGGCGACCUUGGCUUCCUCUCCCGGCGUUGUGGUCCAGGGUCACACUUGGUCACUUGUCAUUACUGUGAGGCGUCAGGCUAUAACGACAGUACUGUGUAG